AUGGAUAAACUCAGAGAAAGAAUGAACACUCUCCGCCUGGAGACCGAGCAGGCCAACCAGAAGAACGAGGAGCUUUCUGCCCGUGUUAAGGCUCUUGAGCAAGAGAACCUUACAAAGGAACAAGAGAUCGCAUCCCUCACCCACCGGAACUCACUCCUCGACGGAGAAGUCGAGAAACUUGAGAAGGCACUCUCCGAGGCCAAGAGUGCUGCCGACACCGGUGCCGCCCAUGGUUCCGAGGUCGACUCGCUAAGCAGGAAAGUGCAGUUGCUGGAAGAGGAGGCCGAGGAGGCAGACAAGAAUUUGAGAGAGACAAACGAGAAACUGCGUCUCACCGAUGUCAAGGCUGAGCACUACGAACGCAAGGUUGCUACCGUCGAGGCCGAGCGGGACUCUUGGGAGAGGAAGUACGAGGAGACUUGUGAGAAGCUCAAAACAGCCCAGGCAGAGCUGGAUGAGUUCGCCAAGCAGCUCGACAGCUUGUGA